CUGGCUGUUAAUACGUACUGACAAGUUGUCAAUCGCUCAGUUGAACUUCUGACUCGUAACCAUGAGGCGGUGUAACUUAAAAUCCCACAUUAGCAUGGGCUAUUAUUUGGUAAUAGUCGCGGCUAUCAUCGCCGUCUGCAAAUCGGAUCAGUACGUGAGCACCCCAAGUUCAAGUUCAUCGGAUACGGUCCGCGUUCACAUUUACUACGAAGCCCUUUGCUACGACAGCAUUCAGUUCAUCAAACAUCAAUUGAUUCCGACAUUCCGAGACCUCGGUGAUUAUUUACACAUCACCUACGUUCCUUACGGCAAAGCUACGCACGAGAAGGUGACAGGAUCGGACGGAGUUUCCAAAUGGCGUUUUACUUGCCAACACGGAUCCCAAGAAUGUUACGGAAACAAAGCUCAGGCUUGUGGUAUAGAUGACAUCUUGACGAAUUCCGCUAGUUCGGACCAACAACGAGAACUGGUUGCUUUUGUUGGCUGCGUUAUGUCGGCCUCAUAUCCUUCGAACGCUGUUCCUGGGUGUCUCGAGAGUCUGGGCGUUAGUGCAAGUCGAAGAUCGUCGAUCAAUGAUUGCAUCACUUCCACAAAAGGAGACGAUUUGCUAGCUGCCUACGGCGACAGAACUCACGCGGUCGAUCCCAUCGUGACAUUUGUUCCAACAAUUAUUCUGAACGGGCAAUACAGUGAUGAGAAUCAGAGAAACGCGAUCAACAACUUCAAAAGAACUGUCUGCCGUCAGCUAGCCGCAGAAAAUAAACCAUCUACUUGCGAGUAGAAUGAAUUUUACCGUAGAAUAAAUUCAUAUUAUAUAGCGAUGAAUUUCAAUUACUCUUGAUAAUUUUCAAAUCAUUUCUCUGAAAUUUUUUCUCAAUAUAUCCGGGCAUAAAAAUUAUAUGCUUUUCAGCAGAUUACAGGGUUUAAAAAAGAUUGGCAUUUAUUUACAAUUUUAUCGCUAUGUGAAUAGAGUAUAUCGACUGUGUAUGUACAGCUAUUUACAAAGGUAUGUAUAAAUCGGUAAAUGUAAUUAUUCAUAAUAUAUGUGAUGUAUACACACGUACUUAUGUAAUAUCUAUAAACUUUGUAAAACUUUA